AUAUCCAACGUUGCGUGCCUUUUCCUAACUAUCGAUAAUGUGGGCAACCAACUUGCUUGUGGUCACAAUGGUGCUGGUCUAUCUGGCAGCUCUGGCGAACAGCUGUGCGUGCGGCGAAGCGGCGAAUUUAGAGUGCGGAUGCACAAAACAUCAUUAAAAACCAAUUAAGAUGACGGACAUUACGGCAGCCAGCGAGGGAAAUUCCAACAGCAGUGAACCUUUAGUAGAACAUCAGCAGCCGACGCCAGAAUUUCUACAGCGAAAAAUA